AUGGCCCUGGUGUGUCAGGAAUCCCAGGAGGCAUCGGCAGUGACAAGUCACUUUACGGCAAUGAUCUGGAAAAGCAGCAAGAAGCUGGGCAUUGGGAAGGCCUCGGCUUCCGAUGGCUCCACGUUCGUAGUUGCUAGAUAUUUCCCAGCUGGCAACAUCAUGAACCGGGGCUAUUUUGAGGAAAAUGUUCUGCCUCCAAAGAAGUAA